GUCUCGCUGCUAUAGUUGUCUUGUUAUCAUAUCCUCAUUCUCGGGCCACAGCCCUAGCCCUGAUUAAUAUUCAUCAGCACCGACUGACUAUUGUGUAGGAAGUGCUGAAUAGGGCAUUUUGCGACGACCCAAGAAGUACAUCAGCCAUUAACAAAGCUGUAUAGCAUUGUUGCGAAGGUGCUAAGGCCUCCUCUGUCUCCUCUUAGUUCGUUCGUUCAUUCCUUCUUUUCUCCUUCCCCUCCCUUCUUCGCUUUCUCAUUUUCCCUCCCUCCCUUCCUCCACACUACAAUACGCAAGUACUACUCCUCACAGCAGCAACACUUUCAAUAACAGUAGUAGUAGGAGUAGUAAUCAUAUUACAAUUUCUCUGUGUGUGUGUGUGUGUGUGUAUGUGUUGUUUGUGAUAUACACACAUAUAUAUUCAUAUAUAUUUUUUUUAUCACCCUCUCUCUCUCUCUCUCUUAUAUAUACAUAUUUUGAUAUUUAUUUAUAAAAAAUUAUUUGAAACAACAUCAAGUAUUUAUAUAUAUUUCUAUAGACAAAACAGCCUAUAUAUAUUAUAGCUCACAUAUUUUCAUAAACACACAUAUCAAUAUUUAUUAUAUGUACAUAUAACAAACUCGUGUAUAUCUAUUAUUACAUGUAUUUAUAAUCUUAACACUCCUGAAAAGGUUAAUACAACACAGCAGUGUUUGCAUGUUAUUUCCCAAACAAGCAACAGAACGGAUUAAUAUUUAAGAUUUUUGGAAAGAAAAGAAACUUUAAAAUACUCAGCUAACAACAGACAUUUUACGGUGGGAUCUUCACAACAAAUUUCAAUCAUGAAGAUUUCGACGUGCUAUGCUCUCGAUGUGGUGUGAGGAGCUGGGAAGGUUAUUGUUAUUAAGACAUCAGAAGACACGCACGCCUGAUUCGGCUAAAAGCCCAGGCAUGCAUCAUCAGUUGCAAAAGAAUAUGCCUGCUGUACCUCAAAAUGAUCCUAAUGCAGCAUGGCCCACAGGGAACCAAGGUGGCCAAACUCCUCAGUCUCUCUCUGUUGUGACUACAGUGUGGGGUGUUACUCAAACCACUCAAAGUGGACCUUUUACUCACAGCACACCUGGCUACACUAACACAACUAUGUCUACCCCAAAUUAUACCCAACAACCACAAAGUUUUGCUGGCAGUCAGAUGCAAAAGGCAGCGUUUAAUCAACAAACUAUGCCAUAUAGAAGGGAAUCAGCAAACUACAACCGCCCAAGUGGUUAUCCACCCACACCGAAUACCCCGGGGUCGACCCCACUCCCUCUGCCGGGUAAUCAUGACUACCCUGCCCCUUCACCGUCAGCCCUAUCUGUUGCUGGUUACCCUCCAACUCCAAAUACUCCAGGUUCUAACCCUUCCCAGAUGUCCGGCAAUAAUGAAUACCCAGCUGCUCCAGCAGCGCUGUCUGCUGCUCUGGUGGCAGCGGCUGCCACUGCCACAGCUACAGCCACAGCCACAGCCAGCAUGGUAGCUAUCCAAGAGCAACAGAACCAGCAGCAACAGAUGAAUAUGAACAUGAAUAUGAACAUGAACAAUCAGUAUGGUCCCCAAGUACAGAUGCAAAGUCAGCAACAUUUUAAUAAUCAGUAUGGAAUUCCUCAACAACGUCCACCUCCAGGCAGUAUGACUCUGGCUCAAGGUCCACCGCCGGGUCCAGGAGGGAUGCCAAGCAAGCCAACUAUGCCUACUAUGUACAAUCAUCAAAGGAGAGCUUCACCCUACCCAAGUCCACAGCAAAUUCUCCAGAAACGACAACAGCAAUAUCCAAAUGGCACUCAGUAUGGUGCACCAACAGCAUAUGGGAGCCAACCACAGCACCCGGGCAAGGCACAGUACCCUCCAACUCAACAACCCUUGCCCUCACCAAACUAUGUAGGGCCACCACAGCAAGGCAUUCGCCCUAAUGGACCUACCCCACCUUAUUCCAAUGGUCAAAAUAUAUAUAUGGGGCCAAAUCAAUUCUCCACUAGACAACCCCAACCCCCUGGUUUUCCCAACCAGUUCCCUACACAGCAAAAUUUUCAGAUAAGAGGAGAGGUUAGUGCAAUGCCUCCUGGGUUAGAGGCCCAAGCAACUGAUAGACAUCUAAAACAAACUAACAUGAACUACCAGCACUCACCACUCCCUGGUAACCCAACACCACCAAUGACCCCAGGCAGUGCAGUACCCCCAUAUGUAUCCCCAGGUGCUGAUAUAAAACCACAGUUUCAAGAUUUGAAACCAACAUUACCUAUUAAGAAAGAGAAUGAUGAACUCCGAUUAACGUUUCCUGUACGAGAUGGCACUGUACUUCAUCCGUUCCGAUUGGAACACAAUUUAGCAGUGAGCAACCAUGCCUUUCACUUACGGGAAUCUGUUUAUCAAACUCUUAUGUGGCGAUCUGACCUUGAACUGCAGCUGAAAUGUUUUCAUCAUGAAGAUAGGCAAAUGAAUACAAAUUGGCCAGCAUCUGUCACGGUCAGUGUCAAUGCAACCCCCCUUAAUAUAGAGCGAGGAGAAAAUAAGACUUCUCAUAAGCCCCUCUAUCUGAAGGAUGUAUGCCAACCAGGCCGAAACACCAUACAAAUAACAGUAACAGCAUGCUGUUGUUCCCAUUUAUUUGUGCUCCAGCUUGUUCAUCGACCAAGUGUCCGAUCUGUACUUCAGGGAUUGCUACGCAAACGUCUACUUCCAGCAGAACAUUGCAUAACAAAAAUCAAAAGAAACUUUAGCAAUGUUCCCGCUGGAGGUAAUACUUUGAAUGGAGAAGAUGGUGUAGAGCAGACAGCUAUGAAAGUGUCUUUGAAAUGUCCAAUCACGUUCCGAAGGAUAACCUUGCCAGCUCGAGGACAUGAUUGCAAACACAUCCAGUGUUUUGACUUGGAAUCAUACCUACAGUUAAAUUGUGAGCGGGGUUCCUGGCGUUGUCCUGUCUGCAACAAAACAGCUUUACUGGAAGGUCUUGAAAUUGACCAGUAUAUUUGGGCGGUUCUCAAUAAUUUGGCUCAGACAGAUUUUGAAGAAGUUACUAUUGACCAGACUGCAAGCUGGAAACCUGUACCAUUAAAGACAGCCGUGAAACAAGAACCUGAUGAAAAUGAACAAUGCAGUGGUGGUAACAGUCGCUGGAUGAAAGCCAUGUCUCCAUCAAGUAUGCCCUUACCAACUAUGAAUUCAUGGGAAUUUGGUCCAAAUGCUCGCCAGCAUUCUCCCUAUCCCCUGCCUCCUGCCUCUCAAGGAGCACCAUUCACAGGUAGUAACUACAAUGAUGGAAGUGGGAAUUUUCAAGGCCGACCUCCAGAUUUUCCAGGACAGUUAAGUCAUAUUAAUGAGAAUAUGGCUGGUGGGCCACCUGGUGGACAACCACCAAUGCAACAACAACAACAACAACAGCAACAGCAGCAGCAGCAACAACAGCAACAGCAGCAACAGCAGCAACAUCAGCAACAGCAACCACCACAUUCAACAGACAAACAACUGGGUGGCCAUAUACCCCCACCACUGCCGCCACCUCCUUCAAGCCAGUAUAAUCCCAGUGCUGCUGAACAGACUGGUCAACAGCUGAGAUCUUCUCAUCCUGGAAUGGAACAGCAGCAACACCAACAGAAUCCUUCUAGCAUCAACAAUCACAUGACACCGCCCAGCCAAUCACAAGUUCCCAACAGUUCAUCAAAUGGCAGCCAUCCGCUCAGUCAUCAGCCUAACAGCUCCACUCCAAGUAAUACACCUACUACAGACACUUCAUCACACCAUAGAAAUUUAGGAGAUUUGAACUUUGACCCAGCUGCCAUUAUUGAUGGAGAAGGACAAGGACAAGAAUCACUUGAUCUUCUUCCUGAGAACAUAGGUGAUCCAAUGGAACUUUUAUCAUAUUUGGGUCCUCCUGAAAACAGCGGAGAUGGCACUGGUGGUGCACCUGGCUCAGGGAACAGUGGGAAUGGCAGUAACAAUAAUGAUGAUCUUUUGUCGUUGUUUGACUCUUAGGAGACACUACAGUAACUGCAAAUCCCAGCUAGCAUACCCAGUGAUUAAAUCAUAAGACUGAAUAAAAAUCUAUGAAAAAAAUAAAAAUAAAGUGAAACAAAUUUCUCACCAAAACAAAAAAAAAAAAGAGUUAAAAUAAAACAACUGGUAAAAAUGUGGCGAAAUAAAUUACAACAAAAAUUUUCAAAAAUGAAAAGAAAACAAGAAAAAAUU